AUGGCACCGACGUCUUCAAGGUCCUGGGGCGAACUACCCACUGAAAUUCGGCUACUCAUACUGGAGGCCUUGCUCGAUAGCGGCUGCAAAUUAGCUCAUCUUGCCACAGUAUCACGAGAAUGGCAGAAGGUCAUCGAGAGGCGUGUCUUCGCUCGAAUCAAACUAACGCCAUACUGCCUUGCCGACUUCGCGACAAAUAUUCACCGCAACCGAGCUCUUUUACAUUAUAUAUGGUUUUGUGUGGAGCUUGGAGAGCCCGAUGUUCCUUCGAGUGAGUGCGGCUGGAGUACAGGCAUAGAGCACGCGCUGCCGGGAAACAUUGACGACGACGAACACGAUUGGACCGAUGACAAUGAGACCGUGCCAGUGAAGAUCGCUUCUGCUAUCACCAAUAAUUUUGCCUUGAUCGAUUUCUCAAGCUCCGUCUUCCAUGGUUAUGUAUCACUUCUCGGGCGUCUUUUUUCUGCAAAGUUACAGAAGAUUGUGAUUUUUCAGAAUUAUAAUCGGUACUACUCGUCUUUCUCCAAUGCACUCGAUUCGAGUACAUCUGGUUCCGAUACAUCUGAUACCGACACAUCUGAUGCCUAUGUCUCAGAUGCCGAAACAUCGGACUCCGCUCCAAACAUGAUUCGCACCUUGAGCAGGGCAGCUGCUGCUAGCAGUCUCAAACUCGAAUCCUUCUCAGUAUCCUUCCUUGUGGACGCCCAGUACUUUUUUUCCGCCUCCAAAGCUUCUUGGAAAUGGCCCAAAAUGACCUCGCUUAUACUUACUUCGCGACUGCUUGGCCCGGAAACUCGCAGAACCGACAUCGACGGUGUGCUUAUAUCAGCGGCAGCGACAGCUUUGAAUAUGCCAAAGCUUAAGAGUAUGGAGAUCUGGAAUGGAGAGGCCCAAUUGGCAUCGCUUUUCAGAUACCAACCAAGCGGAGGCCAAAUGUACGCUUCCAUAACUUGGAAAAGUACAUGGUGGUUCACCUUACGACCUCCCGUGAUUCGGGCUUGGGAGGCCGUUGCGAACAAAUAUGGCGGUCGCAAGCUCACUAUCAAUAUGGAAAUUCUGGAUGUCGAUCCCUUCACUGAUAUAAAAUCCCAUGGCGACGCAAUCCACUAUUUGAAGCUCUCACAGCCCGUGGUCCGACCUGUUUCAUUGCAGCAGAUCCGCACAGAGCACAACAUCCAUCACAUGUGGGAGGAGAGAAAGAGACUCACCUCCGCCCAAACGCCCAACUCCGUCUUCAAUUGCAUGUCCAUCUCUCCCUGCUUCUUGAGCCACUCAAAUGGUGGCCGCCUCCUUGGCGACGUCCCCGUCUCCCCUCUCUAG